ACGUAAUGAGAGAGAAGUCAUAAAGCCUAGCAGUAUUUUCCACUCUUCAGUCCACUCUUUAUGACAGCAGACUGUGGAGCCCCAGUUAGAGACAGAUAUGAUACCUGCAGUGGUACUGAUGACCCUGUUGUGGAGCACAGAUCUCCAGGCUCAAAGCGUCAGUCCACCAGAUCUCCAGGCUCAAAGCGUCAGUCUACCAGCUGAACUCUCAGUCAGACUGGUGGAUGGGACCACUUCCUGUUCUGGGACAGUGGAAGUCUUCUACAGAGGAGAGUGGUCAGGUGUAUGUUCUGGGUGGUGGAGCAUAAUGAGAGAGGUUAAGGUUGUGUGUAGAGAGCUGGACUGUGGGAAUCCUGUAGCUGAAUCUAGAGGACCUCUGAUUGAAGAUGGAAGAAGAGGAAUCACACCAUAUAGUUGUAGUGGAGAUGAGUCUUCUAUUGGACAGUGUGACAUCAUAGGAGAAGGACCUGGUGUCUGUGAUGGUAGAUAUCAUCAUCAUGUGACCUGUUCAGAGUCUGUGCGGCUUGUGGAUGGAGCUGGUCUCUGCUCUGGGAGAGUGGAGGUGAAGUCCAAUCAGUCCUGGGCCUCAGUGUGUGAAGCUGACUUUGACCGGCAGGAUGCAGAGGUAGUCUGUAGGGAUGUUGGCUGUGGGGCUCCUGCAGCUCUACAGGGGGGGCUCUAUGGAGGAGGUGAGGGUCAGACCUGGGAUAAAGAGUUCCAGUGUAAAGGCAAAGAGUCCCUUCUCCUGGACUGUGACACCUCAGACAGAGAGAACAACACCUGCCUACCUGGUAAUGCUGUUGGACUCACCUGCUCAGAGCCUGAUGAUGUGAGGCUGGUGGGAGGAGGCAGUCGCUGUGCUGGUGGAGUGGAGUGGUACGACCAGGGAGAGUGGAGGACUGUGGGAGCUGGAUUGUGGGACCAGGAGAAUGUAGCUGCAGUCGUGUGUAGACAGAUGGGUUGUGGCUCCACUGUUUCAGUACUUCCUGGAGACACCACUAGAGGGAUUGGAGUUUACUGUUCUGGGUCUGAGUCUUCACUGAGGGAGUGUAGGAGAAGUUAUGAUCUCCAUCCUGGACUCACAGUGAUCUGCUCAGAGUCUGUGCGGCUUGUGGAUGGAGCUGGUCUCUGCUCUGGGAGAGUGGAGGUGAAGUCCAAUCAGUCCUGGGCCUCAGUGUGUGAAGCUGACUUUGACCGGCAGGAUGCAGAGGUAGUCUGUAGGGAUGUUGGCUGUGGGGCUCCUGCAGCUCUACAGGGGGGGCUCUAUGGAGAAGGUGAGGGUCAGACCUGGGAUAAAGAGUUCCAGUGUAAAGGCAAUGAGUCCCUUCUCCUGGACUGUGACACCUCAGACAGAGAGAACAACACCUGCCUACCUGGUAAUGCUGUUGGACUCACCUGCUCAGAGCCUGAUGAUGUGAGGCUGGUGGGAGGAGGCAGUCGCUGUGCUGGUGGAGUGGAGUGGUACGACCAGGGAGAGUGGAGGAUUGUGGGAGCUGACUGGGAGCAGGAGGAUGUAGCUGCAGUAGUGUGUAGACAGUUGGGUUGUGGCUCCACUGUUUCAGCACUACCUGGAAACACCAUUAGAGGGUUUAGAGUUAUCUGUUCUGGGUCUGAGUCUUCACUGAGGGAGUGUAGAAGAAGUUAUGAUCUCCUUCCUGAACUCACAGUGAUCUGCUCAGAUCUCCUGGUCCAGCCUGAUAUCUUCCUGACUGACCCAAUGGGAGGGGUCUUCAGGGGCCACCAGGGGCCUGAGAUGUUCAGGGGCUACAACUUCACCAUCACCUGCUCCACUCAGCCACAGUACCCAGGAGGCUCCUUCCUCCUCACGUUCACCGGCUCCAACAGAACCCAGACCCAGCCAGCUGUCAAUCACUCUGCUGCCUUCCUCUUCCCUGCUGCAGAUGACUCCCACCAAGGGAACUACAUCUGUGUUUAUGACAAUUAUGUUUUCUCUCAUAAUUUCUCCUCUGAGAGUGAGCUCCUCUCCCUCACCAUCACAGCCUCUCCUCUGCCAGCCUUCAUCAUCAGACACGUUGUAGUGCUGCUUAUCCUACUGACAGCCAUCACCACCUCCUACCUGUACUACAAGCCCACCAGGAGGCAGAAGAGAGUGAACAGGGUGAGCAGCAUGGAUCUUUAUGUCAAUGCCAUGGAGAUGGUCUCUCUGAGCUCCAGAGCUGAAGCUGGACCGGGAGAGGAGAGAGCAGCCCAGGGGACGGAGUAGGAGUAGAAUGAAUCUGACCCUACAUGCUGAUCUUAGGUCAGUUGUGUGUUUUAAAUCGAUGGUCAGCAGUGGACUGGUGUUUAAAAUGUGGUGACAAACCUGAAGUGGUUCUAAUUUUAAUAACAAGUUCAGAAUUAGUUUAACUUUCUAGAACCUUGGAAGAAAUCUAAAAGUAGUGACUACAACCACCAUUAUUCAUUUAGUUUGGUUUUUACCACCAGAGAAACAUGGUGUUUUGAGUAACAUGGGGUUCUGGGUAACAUGGGGUUCUGGGUAACAUGGGUUUUGGUAACAUGGGGUUUUGGUAAC